GUGUUUGCCGUACGGCUCAAUAAUAGAAGCGGUGUUCUCGUGGAGGGCAGGCCUGUGCAGGCAAAUGCUUCUGUACAGCAGCAGGAGGAAGGGAUCAGGCGCAACUGGCUACAUGUGUGUUGCUUAAGGUUUCAACAGAGUGAAAGUAGAUGGCAUUCCUGAAGGAGGUUUAUUCACGUCAGUGGUGUGGCCUGGUCUUACUGCCUUGACGUCGGCUGAAGCGCUGCCAGUUGGACAGAAAUGGAGUGCCAGUGUGAAAAGGACAGCUCGGAGGAUGCUGUUACAGGCUGGUGGAUGAACAGCAACAAUGUUCAGAUGGGAGCUUUUACUGUGGUGGGGUAUCUUCUCUACAGAUUCUCACAGACUCUCCCAGCUCUGAUCAGAUGGCCGAUUCGUCUCUUCUGCUCUUUAACUGGUCUGUCAGCUCUCUGGAGCUGGGUGAGCCGUCUAGUAGGAACCCUCCGUGGAAUCCAGGCUCUCUUCAAAUGGCUGUCUCAGAUUUGGCGGUUUAUUGUUGGAUUCUCCUCCAGGUUCAAGUGGGUGGCUGCUCUCAUCAAAGCCAUCGCAGGGUCACAGACAAAUCCUACCACUAACAACAUACUGAACCUGAUCAAUGACCUAUCGGGCAACAACAGUUUGAAGAAACCAGGCCUGAGGCUGAUUCUCCUGGGGCCUCCUGGUGGAGGACGGACCUCCCUAGCAGACGCUCUGCUGGGCCACAGUGACACGAGGGCACCCACGGGUCCCCUAAUGGAGAGCACCAAGAGAACGACAGUUGUGGAUGGUAGAGACCUCACAGUAAUUGACACCCCAGAUCUUUUGGGGACAUCACUGGGAAACAGCAAGAGAGCCAGGGAGGCUCUGAGGAGCCUUCAACUCGCCAGCCCUGGACCACAUGCCUUUCUGGUGGUGAUCCGGGCCCCAGGCUCGAGCAAGGGGACCGACCAGGACGCCGCCCAGGCGGUCCAAACCACCCUGGAGCUGUUUGGGAGGGAAGUCAGGGACUACGUCCUCCCAGUGCUCACUCAUGCAGACGGCCUGGGUCGACGAAACACCGUGGAUCGGCUGCUGGAUGCGGACGGGGGGAGUCUGAAAAGGGCCGUGUCUCUGUGCGGUCAGAGGCCUGAGCUGGUGGACAACGGGCCAGACCGCCCCCCGGAGGCACAGAGCGCGAUUCGCAGGAAUCUAGUGGGGCGUGCGACGGAGAUGAAGGAGCACCGGGGGCAUUUUGUCCACGAGCUGCAGAGAGAGGAGGAGCGCGUCAGGGAGGAGCUGCUCACCGACAUGGCCUCCUCCCUGGCGAGAAAACUGGGACACGUGUAAAUAAGAGAAGCUGCGCGUCUUGUGUGGAAGGGUUGCUUCAUGUGUUAAACGUGCAAUUUUCACUUUAAGUGUAAGGUUGAUUCUUUUCCUUGCGGUAUUUCUGUCACUCCGCUGGUUUCCCCAUUGUCCAGAUGAUUUGACGGCAGCCGGCUGUCUUCGGGCUUCCAAGAUGCCGAAGAUGCUUUUGGUUUGAUAUCACUGUCACACACAUGCAGGGCGUAAUUAUCCCAUUUUGAUGUAUUGUAAUUCUUCAAAGUGCUUUUUUUUUUAUUUUCAUGUGUGAGUCUGUGGCUUAUGUUUUCAUCUGCUCUGGCGCUUUGCCCUCCCACAUCUUACAUAAUUUAUAAGAAAGAUAAAAGUUUAAAGAUGGUGUGGGAAGAUAAACUGAAGUCAGACUGGGAGUUCGGCUCGGCUGGUCAACCAAAAACUGCAAGUGGUUGAUGAAGCUUCUCUAUUUUUUUUUCUUGUGUGUGACUGUAAAUAAAGAACACUUCAAUGUAA